GGAGGGGUGCGAGAGCUGGACUGGGUCGCCUGGGUCGCCUGGGUCGCGCGGCCUUUCUUUAGACUCCGGGAGAACCUGCCUCGCCCAUCGCUGUAACAAUCUGUUGUCGGGUGAGUCGGAUCAGAUCCCACUUCACAAUCCUUACGUGGAAUCGCACGCCGUCGCUGCUGAUCUCGCUCUCUCACACAUCGCCAUUACUCCAUCGCGAGGCAGCCGAUGCUGUGGUGGCAGAUAAGCAGGGUUCUCUGGGACAGAUUCUUCACUCCCUCGCGGUGUACAAGUGCCAACAAAGAGCGCAAUUCCCUCGUCCCAUCUCACUUCGCUCAAGGUCCCUUGUCGUCGCUAGUUUCAGAGCUGCUACUUUCCUCGCCGGCUUGAGUGAGAAGACGGUUUACAGCGAACGGGACGGCUUCGGAAUCGCGGUGAGUUAGUGAUCGGAGCUGUGCAAGGGGUCGUCUGUCAACAUGUACGGCCUUUCUAGACUCGUACAGGGCCAGAGGAGUGUGCUGUCGAGGUGCGUGCUGCAGCACGUUCGAGUUGGCGGCGGCGCUUUCUCGUUUGGGUCGCAGACAAGAAAGGAAACCGGGCAAGCUACCACGAAGGAGAGCCUGGAGGAGCACGGCUUUGAGAGCACUACCAUUGCGGAUAUCCUCAAGGAGAAGGGUCAGCAGGCGGAUGGAUCCUGGUUGUGGUGCAGCGUGGAUGACACAGUGUACGAUGCCGUGAAAUCGAUGACUGCACACAAUGUAGGGGCGUUGUUGGUGGUGAAGUCGGGAGCGGAGAAGAAACUCGCCGGCAUUAUCACUGAAAGAGAUUAUUUAAGGAAGAUCAUUGUACAAGGCAGAUCGUCCAAGACUACCAAAGUCGGAGACAUUAUGACAGAAGAGAACAAGCUCAUUACUGUGAAGCCAGAUACUAAAGUGCUGCGCGCUAUGGAGUUGAUGACCGAUAAUCGCAUUCGGCACAUUCCUGUGGUGGAGGAGUCUGGAAUGAAGGGAAUGGUGUCUAUCGGUGAUGUGGUGCGUGCCGUGGUGGAUGAGCACCGCGAGGAGCUGCAACGCCUCAACUCCUUCAUUCAGGGUGGAUACUAGAAACCGUCUGGUUUCCUUUCUGAGCUGAUAAUGACGAUGGAGGUUUGAUACGCUCGACUUUGAGGAUCAGUGGCAAGCGGAGCCCAGGCUUGUGAUAUCUUCAGAUAUAUAUCUAUAUAUCUAAAUAUGUACAUGUAUAUUUAUAUUUAGAUAUGAAUGUACAUAGACAGGUCCAAGCAGUCGGUGCGAUGGUUGACAAAACUUAGUGAUGUAAUUGCUAGAAGCAACUACAGCGUGAUUUGAAGACGCAUGUUUAUCAUGUUCUGAAGUAAAUAUAGUCAUUGCGCUUUGUUUUCCAUGAUUUCA